AUGCACCGACUAGAUGAUCUUUGGAACGGCACCCAAAAGGCUAAGCAGGGCUGCAUCGUCUUCCUCAACGGCUUCCCAGGUGUCGGCAAGCUCACCAUCGCCCAAAUCAUGAUGCACAACCUUGCCGCAGAAACUACUCGUCUAAUCGACAACCACGUGCUCAUCGAUCCCGCAGAAGCUAUCGUGCCAGGUCGCAAUCCAGCACAUAAAGCAUUACGAAGAGAGAUUCGACGUGUUGCUUUCGAGGCUCUAACGAAGGAAAUGGUGUCACAUCCAAAUGUGAAAGUCAUCAUGACUGGUUGUCUCGCAGACAACUCGGAAGACAUUGCUGUCCUGGCCGAGCACGUUCGUAUUGCCCAAGAUACCGAUGGUCCCUUCUAUCUUGUCGAGGUCACCUGCGACCGAGCGGAGCAUGGUCGGCGACUGGAAGCUCCUGCACGCGCUACAGGUGGCAAGACUAAGCUACAAGAUGGCAGCAUUCUUCAAGCGCUGUUGCAACAAAAUCGCCUUGUCAAAGUGAGGAACCUCCCAACAGAGCUCUUGCGUGCUGUCGAUAUCAGUUUUUUUGAGCUCGAUACUACAGAUUUGAAUGUGGACCAGACUGUCGCCAAGACGAUGCGGAGGGCAUGUUAA